UUUUUCUCCAUUCUGCUCACGCCAUUCCUCCAUUCCCCCCACGAGCUCCUUCUUCUUCGCAGUGUUUGCAUUGGUUUGAGUACAGAUAAAUCAAUGUCUCUUUCCAAUUCGUUGGAUUCAGGGCUUGAUCGAUUUCUGUGCACGCGUAUUGAUUCGUCUCUCCUCGGGUUUGCAAUUUCGCUUUAACGCGUGAAGCUUUCGUCAGCGAAUUGUGAAGAUCCGUGUCCCCGCACGCAAAUUAUUCUCUCUCUCCAUCUCUUUUCUAAUCCGCUUGAGAGAAUUUCACCGCUACCAAAGCCGCGUCUUUGCUUCUUCGAAGAAGAGAGCGAUUCCGCCGCUUUGCGCGUGUCCCGUUCUCUUCUCCAUUCCUUUCUCAAUUGACGGCUCCCGAGUUUCCUAAACAUGGAAGUCAAAUUAUGGAACGAUAAGCGCGAGAGAGAAAUGUACGAGAAUUUCGCUGAGUUGUACGCCAUCAUCAAAGCCACCGAGAAGCUCGAGAAGGCUUAUAUCCGCGACCUGAUCUCCCCAGUCGAGUACGAAACCGAGUGCCAGAAACUCAUCGCCCACUUCAAAACUCUGGCUGCCACCCUUAAAGACACUGUCCCGAACAUCGAAAGGUUUGCAGACACUUACAAGAUGGAUUGCCCGGCCGCUCUUUACCGCCUCGUGACCUCCGGUGUUCCAGCCACAGUGGAACACCGAGCUGCCGCUGCCACCUCUAUGUCGAGCUCGGCCGCCAUUGUAGCGGAGUGUGUCCAGAAUUUCAUCACGGCGAUGGAUUCUCUGAAACUGAACAUGGUGGCCGUCGAUCAGGUUUACCCACUCUUGUCUGAUCUCUCGGCAUCUCUCAACAAGCUUAGUAUAUUACCGCCGGAUUUCGAGGGGAAGACGAAGAUGAAAGAGUGGCUGUCGAGGCUGUCGAAGAUGGGAGCGGCUGACGAGUUGACGGAGCAGCAGGCUAGGCAACUCCACUUCGACCUCGAGUCUUCUUACAACUCGUUCAUGGCUGCUUUGCCUAAUGCCGGAACCUGAUUGAUGUUGGGUGAGUUAUUUUGGACAAACGAGGAUGGUGUUUUGUCCGAGUAGUCUUUGGUUGGUUUAUUAUGUCGGAGAGGCAUUGAUCAGUUUCUUGUGAACAGAUUAAUGAUGUUUAUCUUUCUUCUGUGUAUGAUGAUGUUGCCAUAUUCUGAGUC